AACAAUAAAACAUCUGUACUCUCCACUUUGUUCUGGAAAUGUUAUCACCCAGAUAAUGGCAGGAAAAGUGAAGUGGGUAACUGAUAUAGAAAAAUCUGUUCUGAUAAACAACUUUGAGAAGAGAGGCUGGAUUCAGGUGGCAGAAAAUGAAGACUGGAAUUUUUAUUGGAUGAGUGUACAAACGAUCAGGAAUGUUUUCAGUGUGGAAACUGGCUACCGCCUUUCCGAUGACCAAAUUGUCAAUCAUUUCCCAAACCACUAUGAACUGACCAGGAAGGAUUUGAUGGUAAAGAAUAUCAAGCGAUACAGAAAGGAACUUGAGAAGGAAGGGAGUCCUCUUGCAGAAAAGGAUGAAAAUGGGAAAUAUAUCUAUUUGGAUUUUGUGCCUGUUACAUUUAUGCCUCCUGCUGACUACAAUCUCUUUGUUGAGGAAUUCAGGAAAAAUCCCUCCAGCACUUGGAUUAUGAAACCUUGCGGGAAAGCUCAGGGAAAAGGGAUAUUUCUUAUCAAUAAACUCUCUCAAAUUAAAAAGUGGUCUCGAGACAGCAAAACAUCUUCAUUUGUAUCUCAGUCUUCCAAAGAAGCUUACGUGAUUUCUCUCUAUAUCAACAACCCAUUGUUGAUCGGUGGAAAGAAAUUUGACCUUCGUCUCUAUGUUUUGGUAUCUACAUACCGUCCACUGAGGUGUUAUAUGUAUAAACUUGGAUUUUGUCGGUUUUGUACAGUGAAAUAUACACCAAGUACAAGUGAACUGGAUAACAUGUUUGUUCAUCUUACAAAUGUUGCCAUUCAGAAGCAUGGGGAUGAUUACAAUCAUAUCCAUGGAGGCAAGUGGACAGUGAGCAACCUGCGUCUGUACCUGGAAAGCACCCGUGGAAAGGAAGUCACCAACAAAUUAUUUGAUGAAAUUCACUGGAUAAUUGUGCAGUCACUGAAGGCUGUAGCCCCUGUAAUGAAUAAUGACAAACACUGCUUUGAGUGUUACGGAUAUGACAUUAUCAUUGAUGACAAGCUUAAACCGUGGCUAAUUGAGGUCAAUGCUUCCCCUUCUCUUACUUCCAGUACUGCUAAUGAUCGUAUCCUGAAGUACAAUCUCAUUAACGACACACUGAACAUUGCUGUGCCUAAUGGGGAAAUUCCAGACUGUAAAUGGAAUAAAUCUCCACCAAAAGAGGUUCUCGGCAAUUAUGAAGUCUUAUAUGAUGAAGAGAUGGCACAAAGUGAUGGGCCUGAUCGUGACAUGCGAAGUCGUUCUGGGCAAACCACUGGAAUGAAAGGAAAUCGUGCAAGAGAUUCAGGAAAGCCUGUACUAACCACCUGGAAGUGAUAGCAAAAUAAAAUCAGUGUAAAUGACUUCAUCUCUUGUUGAAAUUUAGAGCUGCAUUAUUGGUAGGAAGACACAAGGAAGCAAAAUGUAAUUCU